UAAGAAUCCCAAGGCGAUGAGAUGUUGAGGGCGAAGUCCGAAGUAAAAAAGUGAUGGGUGUUCGGAUCAAGGCAAAGAUGGAAGGGAACGCCGAUGGAUGAGAAGAUGGAAUGAGGAAGUGAGUGCCAUGGGGAAGGGGAGAGAGAGAGAGAGAGAGAGAGAGAGAGAGAGAGAGAGGUCAGGAAGGAGUCAGUUUGUCUUUCUUCGUGCCAAAGGAAGGAACGGAAGGUCGCUCCUGUCUGUCAAAACCCAUAACAAACAGAACCCACAAACGGUUGAUCAGGAAGGAGCCAGUAUGUCUCUCUUCGUACCCAAGGCAGGAACGGGAACUUGCUCCUGCCUGCCUGCCAGCCAGCCAAAGACCGCAGCAGACCAUAAUUUCCAAGCGGCUGCGAUGCUAUCCCGACGCAACUCUAUUGGCCACAAAUCGUCGCGUGCUUUUGUACCUGUGAUGAAGCGGUCCGGAUGCUCGAGCAGGCGCGACCACCAGGUACGGGCGGGGAACGAGCAGGACGCAAGCGGGAAUAAAAAAACCAUUCACUUCGCGGCAUGUCCAUGUGGCUAUUGGCUUUUGGCAUUUGAAUAGAGACUCAUAGUGUACAAGAACCGCAGGGAAUGUCUCUUAUUGAAACACCGCG